UAGCGGGAAUGCAUCUCCAUCCACGUCGGACAAGCCGGCGCGCAGAUCGGUAACGCUUGCUGGGAGCUCUACUGCCUGGAGCACGGCAUCGGAAAGGAUGGCAUCAAGCCGGACAGCGCCGUCGCCGACGAUUCCUUCAACACGUUCUUCUCGGAGACGGGCAUGGGCAAGCACGUGCCUCGCGCCGUGUUUACCGACCUGGAGCCUACCGUCAUCGACGAGAUUCGCAAGGGGCCGUACCGGCAGCUCUUUCAUCCCGAGCAGCUGAUUACGGGUAAAGAGGACGCCGCUAACAACUAUGCUCGCGGCCACUACACCGUCGGCAAGGAGAUCAUCGAUGUCGCCAUGGAGAGAAUCCGUAAACUGGCGGACCAAUGCAGCGGCUUGCAGGGAUUCCUCAUCUUCCACAGCUUUGGAGGAGGAACCGGUUCCGGAUUUGCGUCCCUCUUGAUGGAGCGCUUGUCCGUGGACUACGGAAAGAAGUCCAAGUUGGAGUUUGCCAUCUACCCGGCCCCGCAGGUGUCCACGGCCGUCGUCGAGCCGUACAACUCUAUCCUGACCACACACACGACGCUCGACCACUCCGACUGCGCCUUCAUGGUCGACAACGAAGCCAUCUACGAUCUAUGCAGGGUCAAGCUGGACAUCGCACGUCCUACCUACACCAACCUGAACCGCCUCAUCAGCCAGAUCGUAUCCUCCAUCACCGCCUCCCUGCGCUUCGACGGUGCCCUCAAUGUUGACCUGACCGAGUUCCAGACCAACCUGGUGCCGUACCCUCGCAUCCACUUUCCGCUGGUCACCUACGCGCCCAUCAUCUCCGCCGAUAGAGCCGGACACGAGCAGCUGUCCGUUAUGGAGCUAACGAAUGCCUGCUUUGAGGCAAACAAUCAGAUGGUGAAGUGCGACCCGCGCCACGGCAAGUACAUGGCCUGCUGCCUGCUCUACCGCGGCGACGUCGUGCCCAAGGACGUCAACAGCGCCAUCGCCAAUAUCAAGACGAAGCGCUCGAUCCAGUUCGUCGACUGGUGUCCGACCGGAUUCAAGGUCGGAAUCAACUACCAACCGCCGACCGUUGUUCCCGGAGCCGAUCUCGCCAAGGUUCAGCGUGCAGUCUGCAUGCUGAGCAACACCACGGCCAUCGCUGAGGCGUGGGCGCGUCUUAACCACAAGUUCGACCUGAUGUACGCCAAGCGCGCCUUCGUGCACUGGUACGUCGGAGAGGGCAUGGAGGAGGGAGAGUUUGCCGAAGCGAGGGAGGAUCUGGCGGCGCUGGAGAAGGAUUACGAGGAGGUGGGCCUGGACUCGGGAGAGGAUGGCGACGAGGACGAUCUCGAAGAAUAUUAGUUCGGCGCUUAUAUAACGAUAUCGUGAAUUAAAGAGAAAGCAAAACAAAAAGUAAACAAUGCAGAUUUCAUCGUGAAAAUUCACGCUUUUUUAAUUGUCAUAACCGCUAAAUUGUAUCGUCGCAAUUUUAGCAACAGACGCUACAAUCAAAUACGUGAAAUACGAUGUUUAUACCUAUUUUUCAACAUUUCCUGUGGUAAUUCCUUUUCAUACGUGAAAAAAUAAAUGCUUAAUAACGUG